AUGCAGUACGCUUUCGUCGCCGCCGCCCUUGUGGCCUCCGCCAUGGCUAUGCCAUCUUACGCUCCCCCAACCUACGAGGCUCCAUCUGCCCCGGAGGCACCAAAGAGCCCCGAGCAGCCAGCCGUCUACCCUGCUCCAUCCCACGAGGCACCAAAGCAGCCAGAGCAGCCCGCUACCUACUACAGCUCUGCUGCCGCUUCUACCACCUGCACUGAGGAGAAGGAGGUCCCAACCCACCCAGCCCAGAAGACCGAGACCAAGCCAGUCUACGAGACCGCCACCUACGAGCAGCCAAAGGAGACCAAGAGCGUGUACAUCCCAGAGUCUUCCAGCGUCUACGUCCCAGUGUACUCUUCUGAGUCCGCCAAGAAGCCCACGUACGAGACCAUCUACGUCACCAAGACAUACUCCCAGGAGAUGCCAAAGGAGACCGCGCCUGCUGAGAAGACCCCAGUCGUCUACACCAGCGUGUACGCCAGCGUGAUCACCAAGACAUACGAGUCCCCGGCCAAGCCAACCAUGCCAGUCUACUCUCCCCAGACCCCAGCUCAGCCCGAGACUCCUGUCUACAAGCCAGAGACUCCAGCGCAGCCUCAGACUCCCGGCUCUCCAGUGACCCAGAUUCCUGACGGUCAGGUUCAGGUCCCUGCCCAGCCAAUGCCAGCACCUGAGACUCCCAAGUCUCCCGUUGCCCCAGCGCCAUACCAACCAGCGCCUGCACCAGAGUCUCCAGCUAUGCCUCAGACUCCUGCCUCCCCAGUGACCCAGAUCCCUGACGGUCAGGUCCAGGUUCCCGCCCAGCCAAUGCCAGCACCUGAGACCCCCAAGUCCCCCGUCUCCCCCGCUGCUCCUUACCCAUACCCAGUCGGCAGCGCACCCGCCGUCUACGCACCAUCUGGCACCGGCGCUGCCAUGCCAUCUGGCACUGGAAACGUCUACCCAUCCGCACCAGCAUACACUGGUGCCGCAAGCGCCGUGAACGCCGCUGGCUUCGUUGCCGGUCUCGGUKCUUUCGCUGCCUUCUUCUUCUAA